UGUGUUUGAGGGAGGGGGCCUUUCCAUCAGUCACAAAACUCAAGUGAUAUGUUUUUAUAAAUAUAUCACAUAGCUUCAGUUUUAUAACCCCACUACUAUACUCUCCAUCUGAAAGAUUGUUUUUGUGCUCUAGCUAGUUAUUAGUUGUGUUGUAGUUUCAUCAAAUAUAUACACACACACACACACUUAAAAACUUCUUCUUAAUAUCUUUUACUGUCUGUGUGGUACCAACAACAACAACAACAAAACCAAAAACAUGAGUAGCAACCCACUUGACCUUAACAAUCUUCCAGAUGAUUUCAGCAGUAGAGAUCAUGGGAAACAACAAACACUUGAUGAUGACUCUUCUUCUUCUUCUGCUUCUGCAGGAAUCUUUAGGAGAAAGAAAAACGGCGCGGAGGAUGAAAGUGAUAAGGUGUAUGAGUGUAGGUUUUGCUCCCUCAAAUUCGGCAAGUCUCAAGCCCUUGGUGGUCACAUGAACCGCCACCGCCAAGAAAGGGAGACAGAAACACUAAACAAAGCUCGUCAACUGGUUUUUAGUAAUGACAGUUUGUUACCUCAACUCCCACACCAAAUAGGUGGACAAGCAGUGGUGAAUGGAGGGUUUCGUCAUAUGGGAAGUACUGUUUAUCCCACAUGUACAAGACUCUACUCCGCCGGCACCACUUCAACCACGAUGUACCCUUCACCUUCAUCCUCGCGACUCAAUAAUACCAACCCGUAUUCGUCGUCGCAAUAUCCGAUAAACGACUACUUUGUUGGACAUGUAUGCCCCAACAAUGCACCGCCAUUCACUAUCCAAAGUAUUAGUACUAGUAGUGUGCCACCACCAGAUACUACUAAUAACUACACAUGCAUUGGUGCACCUGUUGGCGGACCAAGUUUCACAAACUAGCUGCAUCUGGAGGGGAUCAUGGAUUCUAAAUUUCUAAUUAUUAUGCAAUAAAAAUAAUCAUGAUGGAUUUUAAUUACUGUAUUAAUUAAGAGUUAAUUUUGUUCUACUACUACUACUACUAGUUUACUAGUACUACUUUG